AUGGCCGUAAACGGCAUUUAUGUCGUGCUGGGCGAAGCGAACGCGCUAAUUGCUUUGUUGAAGAAAGCUCGACGAUAUUGGCAUUCAGUACAAGCCCCGACCGUUCUAGAAGAUACAGAUCCAUUGCUGCGAAGCCUCGCUGACCUUAAGGAUGUUUUGAACAACGUGAGCGCACUUGCUGAUGUUGCUCCACAAGCUUUUCUCUCACCGUUUCUCGAAAUUGUUCGCUCUCAAAAUACCAAUGGUCCAAUAACGGAAGCCGCCUUGGCAGCUGUCGCUCGAUUUUUGAACUAUGGGCUCAUCGAUGCGCACAGUAUUAAAUCUGCACAAGCUGUUGAAUCUAUCGCUCAAGCGGUCACACAUACAAAAUUUAUUGGUGGAGCAAAUGCUGGAAGCGAUGAAUGUGUGCUCUUCAAGAUUUUGCAAGUUCUACGAUCGCUGCUUCUUUCGCCAGUCGGAUCACUCCUUUCAAAUGAAGCUGUUUGCGAUAUGAUGCAAUCGUGCUUUAGAAUUUGUUUUGAGCAAAACCUCUCUGAAAUGCUCAGAAAAGCGGCUGAGUCAACUCUAUCUGACAUGACUCAACUAAUCUUUGCACGUCUACCUGAUUUUGAAGAGGACAUUCGCCACCCGUACAUUCGUAAACUUGUUAUGAGCGCCAAAAGAGACAAGCGCAGACGCCGAAGGAGAAGAAAAUCAAAAAUUGAUGUCAAGCAAAAUGAUAGUGAGGAAGAGGUUGAUGCGGAAGUUACCGAAAUCAAUGAGGCAAAACAAGAACUCGAUCAAGUAGUGGACGAACUUUCCAGGCCAAGAACAAGCUCCCAACUCAUGGUGGAUCUCCACGCUACCGGAAUGGGGUAUGCUGUUGUUUUAAAUACUGAUGAAGCGAUCGACAUAACAACAAAGUGCGAUGAGGGUUUGCAAAGCUGUGAAGGUUCAAAAGAAGCAAAAGAAGGCGAAGUUUUGGAGAGCAGUGAAGCCGAUCACAAUGUUCCAUUAAUUUCUGCGCUUCGACGUGAACGCCACCAUUCUCCGCAGCAUUCGCCCAGUGAUGUAUCUACUGGUGGAGGAGUCCUUCAAAUGCCUUAUGGUCUGCCGUGUGCCCGCGAAUUGUUACGGUUUUUGAUCACUUUGACGAAUCCUCUGGAUAGACAUAAUACGGAACAGAUGAUAGUUCUUGGGCUCAAUUUAUUGAUUGUCGUUCUUGAAGCCUCAGCGGACCAUCUCUCAAAUUAUUCACUUUUUCUUCCACUCAUUAAAGAUGAACUUUGUCGCUCUCUUUUACAACUACUGGAAACGGAGAAAUUGCCAAUUUUGGCUUCGACUUCUCGAGCUUCAUUUUUGCUCUUUGAAAGCUGCAGAAUACACCUGAAAUUCCAAUUGGAGGCCUAUUUCAAUAAGCUACGAGCUAUUGUAGUUUCUGAGCAGACAUCCGUUUCAUACGAAAAGAAAGAGAUUGCACUUGACAGUAUUGUGCAACUGUGGCGUAUACCAGGCCUCGUUACGGAGCUUUAUCUCAAUUACGAUUGUGAUCUCUACUGCAGCAAUAUCUUCGAAGACUUGACAAAACUGCUAGUCGAGAACGCCUUUCCACUUCAUGGCCUUCAAUCGACUUCAUUGCUUUCUCUAGAGGCUCUAUUAGUGGUCAUUGACAACAUUGAGCAAAAUUGCGUCUAUCGAAAUGCUGGGAGUCUUCCACCCUCUGGCGUCGACUGCAAGCAACCAGUUCUGCAACGCCCAAUUUUAAGCGGAAUGGAAAGUGCUCAACGACAAACCAAUCCUGGUCAAACUGGUGUAGACAUCGAGCUACUCACAAAGUUAUCAUCGCUCCGUAAAUUCAACCGACAUGCUGCAAUCAGCUCCCAACUUUCCAUGAGCAAAAUACUUGAACAGAAAAAGCGAAAGCGGAUUAUCGCGGAAGGUACCGAAGUUUUCAAUCAAAGCCCAAAGAAAGGAAUCGAAUUUUUGCGUGAAAAGGGACUUCUUGGAGCCGAUCCUGAAUCGAUGGUUGACUGGUUAAGAGAAAAUCCGCGCCUUGACAAGAAAAUGAUUGCAGAUUAUAUCUGCAGCCGAAAACACGCUGCCGUUCUGGAAGCUUUUGUCAAAUCGUUCUCCUUUGAAGAAACUCGCCUUGAUCAAGCGUUGCGAAUGUUCCUUGAGACUUUCCGACUACCAGGAGAAGCCGCCGAGAUAUCUAUGGUCAUGCAGCACUUCUCUGAUCACUGGUAUCGAGUCAACAAUGAACCGUUCAACCAUCCCGAUGCAGCGUUCACAUUAUCUUAUGCAAUCAUCAUGUUGAACACCGAUCAGCACAACCCACAAGUUCGUCGCAAUCAGCCACCAAUGACAGUUGAUUGUUUUAAACGAAAUUUGUCUGGGACCAACGGAAAAGCAGAUUUCGAUUCUCAGAUGCUUGAGGAUAUUUAUGCUGCCAUUAAGACUGAUGAGAUUGUUAUGCCAGCUGAGCAAACCGGUAUUGUGAAGGAAAACUAUAUGUGGAAAGUACUUUUGCGAAGAGGUGAAUCAGGCGAGGGAAAUUUCACGCAUGCCCCUAUUGGCUGGAAUGAUCACGAUCUAUUUGCAAUAGCUUGGGGUCCGGCAAUUGCAGCAUUCUCCUAUGUCUAUGAUAAAAGCCAAAAUGAUAUCAUCUUACAAAAAGCGCUGAAUGGAUAUCGCAAGUGUGCCCUGAUAGCUGCGCAUUAUGGAAUGUCCGAUGUGUUUGAUAACUUGAUCAUUCAUCUUUGCAAGUUCAGCACCCUUAUGCCAAAAAGCGAAGGUGUUGGUGAAGAGACUCUCGAAUUGCAAAGACAACGAUCUGCUGGAAGUGAGCUUUCGCUCCAAGAUACACCAGAGGCUAUAGCAAUUCGAUUUGGGGAAAACCAGAAAGCCCACAUGGCAGCUCGCGCCUUUUUCGAGCUCGUUCACAAUCACGGAGAUAUACUGCGAGAAGGUUGGAAAAACGUGAUCGAAUGCUUGAUCCAACUAUUCCGAGCCCGCCUUCUACCGCCAGAACUCACAGAAGUGGAGGACUUUGUCGAUCCAAAAGGAUGGGUCAGCCUGAUUCGAGUUCACCACAAACAACUGCCGAUUUCUCGCUCAGAAGCCGGUCUUCUUUCAUGGUUUGGACUUGGCGGCGGCUCGAAUGAAAGCCAAGGUGUAAAAAGACCUACUGCGGAACAAGAAAACUCAAUCAAGACAGCGGAACAAGUAAUUCAUGAUUGUCGUCCAGGGCAGCUAGUUGGCGAUAGCAAAUAUCUAACUAACUCAUCGCUUUCCGAAUUGCUUUCGGCGAUUUCUCAGGCCAGUCAUGCAAUCGUUCAACACGCUGAUAAUGGAAUGCAAAAUCCUGUUCGGAUAGAACCGCUCUCACCAGUCGAUGAAGAUGCUUUGGUGUUCCAUUUGGAGACGAUUGUUAACAUCACUCAAGAAAACAAGGAUAGAAUAUCAAUGGUUUGGCCGGUGUUACGACGUCAUAUUGAUUGGCUUUUGUCGAAACGUUUUGGAAAGAAUCCACUUCUUGUUGAACGUGCUGUAGUGGGGUUACUUCGUGUGAUCAACAGAAAUUUGUUCCGUGACACUGAAGUUACAACCAAAGAAAUGCUACUAUCACUUACUCUGAUAUUGACCCUACCGCCACAAGCUAUUUCCAUUCUUUCAAAACAAAUUGCUUACGGACUACACUCGUUGAUUCAAAACAACGCGGCAAAUAUUCACAACAAGGAUGAUUGGAACAUUCUGUUUUCAUUAUUGGAGGCUUCGGGUGCUGCUGUGCUUCCUGAAGAUAUUUUCAAUGAGACCAGAGCCGGCAUGCCAGAACGUAAUGCUCAUAGCGACGGAGAGUUAAUGCUAGAUGCAUCAGCUGCCUCAUUGGCCACUGGAAGUGACAGUGCUCGUGGUAGUACACAAAACGUUCAUGAAUGGAUCCAUCUUGAUCACAAAGAUGCCGCCCGAGCAACAGAAGAUGCCUUACGUGCCGUGUUGGCACCCCGAAACGCCUACAAUCAUAGUUUCCUUGUUUUGAGAACAAAUCUAGGCCGUCAUGAGCCAGCUGCUUUUCUAAAGGUCUGUGAAACACUCUCAUUUCUCUUACGAGACGCAAUGCAUGUGACACCUGAUAACUUCGAGGCGUGUGUGCAUUGCUUGAGAACGUUUAUCGAAGCGAGUCUUGAUGGAGGAAGAUAUGCUGCUGGCCCACUUUCCGGUGAUGCUCAAAAUCGUUUACAUUCGAGUACGAGUGGACGCAAAAAUGAACGAACAACCCAUCAUAAAGAAAAGGAGAUGAGCACCGAGGUGGAUCCCGAUGAGAAAAGUGGUAAAGAGGAGGAGAAACAACUCAGCUCUAGCUAUGCACAAUGCUCACAUUUACUUCUCGAUUUAUGCCAUCAAUUGCAUGAUAGUGCGCCAACGAUUUAUCAAAAAUGGGCUAAGGAGGGUGUAGUUGAUGCAUCAACAGCGACUGUUUGGCCGACUAUUUGGAAGCCCCUCUUGCAGGCAAUGGCACGUCUAGGAUGUGAUUGUCGACGACAAAUUAGAGCAGCAGCUAUUAAUUAUCUUGUGCGGGCUCUUUUGAUUGCCGACCUUCAAGCGAUGAGCGCCAUUGAGUGGGAUUCGUGCUUCAGAGAAGUCCUCUUCCCAUUGCUUUCCAAAUUACUCGAGCCUUUUUCUCCGAUGGAUCCAUUGGGCAUGGAGGAGACACGUGUUCGAGUCAUGCAACUUGUCACGAAAACUCUUUUGAAUCAUUUGAACUCAUUGGCCGUUUUACCAUCUUUCCCACAACUGUGGCUUCGUUUGCUCGAUUAUUUGGAGAAAUAUCUCCGUUUAGAGCGAAGUGAUCUCCUUUCUGAAGCUGUGCCUGAAAGUCUGAAGAAUAUGCUAUUGGUAUUACAAAGCCAAGGGCUUUUCUCGAUUAUCCCGGGACUCUAUCAAAUAACGAUUGAUCGAAUGGGACCAGUGCUGCCUCAACUCAUCCAAGAGACUUUACCACAUCCACCAACAAGCCCAACGCCACAAAGCCCUCAAACGGCCAGCCUAGCGAGACCAUUGCCUGUGAAUAUGCAAUCGGGUCGCACGAUCAUUCUCGCGCCCACACCGCCGGCUAACGAACAACAAAAG